AUGAGGUGCCAUGAGGCAACUUGGCGUGUCGAUGACGAACAACGACAUCAUAAAGUUGAACAGGCACGACAACUGAUUUUCAGGCAUGGUGUUGGCAUCAAUGGACAGCGCAUCAAAACUAUUCUACAAGAAGAAUCACUGGUCCCUACUUCAAUGUGUUCUGUGAAUGUUUCCUUGCAAUAUGCAUUCAAUUUUUUCUUAAUGCUUGUCGUUGACCUCCUCCAUGUGUUUGAGCUGGGUGUGUGGAAGGCAAUAUUCACACAUCUUAUGCAUAUUCUGGCCGCUGCAGGUGGUGUCGCAGUUCAGGAACUCAAUUUGAGGUACUGUCAGGUCCCCACCUUUGGAAGGGGGACAAUCAGACAUUUCCACAGGAAUGCAUCAGUGAUAAAAUGUCUUGCUGCCCGCGAUUUUGAAGACCUGUUGCAGGUAAGAUUGAUCCUAUCAGAAUUUUGA